AUGCGUAGCUAUGUAAGGGGGUAAUAUACACCAUCUAAACUAUGUGAUGCAAUUAAAGUUCCUGUGUUCGCAUGCUGUCUCAAUGAUGUCAGUGCUGUGAGUAACUUCGUUACAUGUAACUAGUUCCCAGUAAGCUCUCUAUAUACAGCUUAUUCAAAGUUGUCCUUUGCAAACCUUAAACACUGAACCUUAAACUCUAAGCGAGCAAAGCUUAAUGAGAGCACAAGUUUCAAGCUAAGUAGUUGAUAUUUGUGAAUGAAUCAGAAUUGUUCUCGUAAGGAGAUAUUUACCAUGUUGUCUCUUAGAAAUGGGCUCCAUAUAUACAUACAUUUCUAAACUGAUUAAAUGAUAGAGACUGAAACUGACGUUUAAUAGCUCCAUCUUCGGGCUUCGCAUUUUGAAGAACAGUAGUCGGUACCUCUGGGAGAACAAUUUGGAACUGAUGGAGUUAUCCAGAAUGUAAUCGUUUAAAAUUUUAUGUAGUUUAAACUUUCUUUCCUUCCUCCAUUCCUCUAGGAAAACCAUCGUCGAGAAUUGGAAGAAAAUAAAUCUGAUAUGAUGAUGGUCCUACAAGCAUUAAAGUCAGACUCCUAUCAAUCCAGUUCCAUGUCAAACGAAUCUCUUGAAAUGAACGAUGAAUUGAAGAAGCUUGAACGUUAUGUGGAAACAUUGAAGAAGGAACAUGAGCAGGAGAUAGAGAGAUUGAAUCACGAUCAUGAACAAGAUUUGGAACAACUACGCAGUGAUAUGGUCACUUUGUUGAGAGUACAAGAGACUUAUAAAACACCAGACGAGGGCAAGGUAUAACAUAUUGUUUGUUCUCGUUAGCAGUUUAGAAAUAAUAGAGACCUUAAGCUUGACGUUUACGGCAAACGUCAAAUAUAUUAAGCAGUUAUUAAACUUGUGCUAUUUAGCAAUGAUUUAAGGAAGCAAAUUAACCACCAUAGUUACGUUUGACGUUUACGUUUGGCGUAUAAAUUUCAUGCUUUAACCAUGUUACUCUGAGUGUAUAUGGCGCCAAGUCACUUGCCCAAAAAUGGAUUUCUGAAUGACCCAAUCAGGAAUUGAACCAAAGGGCUCUGUUUUGACGAAGCCGUGCUUUGACCAAUUAGAUAUUAAGAUGCCUGACUGAGAUGAUAUCAACUCUCUUGAAAUAUUUCUGUACUGUUUAAUAAACGAUCAGGAGUGUUUUAUUAGGCUUUUUUGUGAGCAUGUGCCUUGUAUUUAUUUAUUUAUUUAUUUAUUUUUCUCCAAGGCGGAUCCCAACGGGAAUAUCGUAGACCUUGACGGACAACUGAUCGCCUUGAAACGUUCACAUGAGAAACAACUACGCGAAAAGGACGAGAAACACCAAAAAGAAGUUAAUCAACUCAAGUCCGACAUGUUGGUUGCAAUUCAAGCCGCGUCAGCAGUCGGGAACAUUAGCUCCCAGACCUCUACCUCGCCGGACGAGCGGGUCACUGAACUCGAAACGUACAUCGCCAACCUGGAGCACGAUUUUGAAGAGGAACGCGAAAAUUUACAAAACGCUAUCAAAAAGGCGGAGUCGGCAACGAAGUUUGGACUGAGACGAAAUGAGGAGAUGAGUAAUAAGAUUUAUCAAAUGCAGCGAGAAAUGGAGGAGAUAGACACUAAAUAUCAGAAAGAAGUUAAACUGUACAAGGAGGCAUUUGAUCAGGAGAAGAACAGGAAAACGACAAUAGGAGCAGUGCCCGGGAUCUUAGCUGAGAAUGAAAGUCUCAAGGUUUGAAUUUUCAUAUACAGCCAAUUCAAAAAAGGUUGGCCUUUGCAAACCUUAAACCUUAUCGCGUUAAGCUUAAUGGGAGCACAAGUUUCAAGCUUAGUAGUUGAAUAUUGCAGCUAUUUGUGAAUGAAUUGUUCUGGUAAGGAGAUAUUUACCAUGUCUCUCAGAAAUGAGCCUCAUAUAUGAUUUCUAAACUGAUUAAAUGAUGCUCUCAUUAUGCUUUGCGCGCUUAGAGUUUAAGGUUUGCAAAGAACAACCUUUUGUGUAUUAGCUGUAUUGGAUUAGGGUUGAUCUAAUGUAAACAUCUAUGAAUAAUGUAAACAUCUAUUAUAAUUAUACUAAUUCAACUAAUUGACUGUUCAGGUGAAACUACAAGAGUUGGAGCUCUCCAUGGAGCAGAUGCAAGUGCGAUACGACGGUGAAAUUAAACGUUACAAAGAGAAGUUCCAACAGGAAAAUGUGCUCAGUGUCGAGGAACUACAGUUAAAAAUUGAUUCUUUGGAAGAUUCUAUCGGGCAGAUGAGGUUGGAGCAUGAGACGGAGUUGGAGAGAUACACGAAGGCGGUGAAGCGAGGUAAGGUCUCGCUGGCUGGGACUGUGAAAGAACGAGAUUUAGAGAGAAAAAUUGAUGACUUGGAGUCGACGGUUAAUGUCACGAGGCAGAAACAUCGGGAAGAGGUACGUAGUUAAUGAUUUGUUUCCCAUUGAAGGGCCAGGCUUAAGAUAAUUAGCAUUUUUACGAGAUUCGAUUUGGAAAACACUAAUGACAGACUAUUUGGGGGUCAUCAUCUGCCUAUACUAUCCAGGCUCGUGAUUGGUUGAUUAUAACAAUGAAAGACAAUAGAACUAUAGAAAUCGUCUUUCUAAAGAACGAAUCACAAAACAUGAUCAUUUUAGGUAGGUUUUUACCCCUAUUUGGGAUAAUUUUUCAAAUCCAAACAGGGCAUUGCUCUGAGGCGAUGUCAAUGUUUGACCCUGUCUGAAUUCGACACACAAGCCAUCCAACCAUUGAGUGAAAAAUUACCCAUGAUAUUUAUCUUUGUGUAUUCUCUAGGUACGUAAAUACCGCGAGAGGCUUGAGGAUGAGAUGGAACGUCAUCGGAAGGAAAUCCAAGAGACACGUGCCAAGCUGCGCAAGCUCGAAGCAGACACUCGACAAAUGGAAGAAUUGAAGAAUAAAAUUACAGAUUUUGAAAGUAAAACUAGUAAGCUGUCAAAGGAAGCGACGAAAUGUAAAGAACAAGAGAUUGAAUUGAACGAAACGAAGAGUAAAAAUAGGGAACUACAACGACAGGUUAGCUUGAUGUUUUAUCAUUUCAGAUCUUUGUCUGUGAAAGUAUUUUUUGUAUAGAUAGGACCCAGUGUAUAUAACUUUCAACUUCUAUCAUCACAGGUCGAUACGUUACGGCGAAAACUGGACAAGCUAGAAGGAACGAGCGAGGGAAACAAAGAGACUAGCGACGAGUCAACGCCAACUGGUGCCAAGGCUAAACUCUCUCGGUACAGCUCAUUGGAUAACAUUGGUUUGAACUCGUCAAACAGAACAAAACCUCAGUCAGGGGGGGAGGCUGACGGGGGUGUUCAUAAUGAAGAUGACGUCUUUGAAGUGAAUAAUAAUUCAGGGAAAUCUGAAAUUGGAGGUUAUAAACUUAAUCCAGGUUCGUGGUCUAAAUAUGGAUCCUAGUGGUAUCCUUUAUUAUUUUUUUUUUGUAUAAACUUUAUUAUGUCUUUACGUUUACCUCAAGAGCACAGUGCUCAUCUAGGAGGCUCACGUACAUUAAAGAAUUACAAUAAAACACCCAGCAGACAGAGAAUAAAUAAAAUAGUAUGCCAAAUUGCGCCAGAAAUAUAUGCUGAAUAUGUAACUAUAUAAAUUGCUAAAAUAUACAACUAUUUAAAACGUGCUGAUUGCUCAAUGAAUAAUCUUACUGCGGUAAAUAUAGCAGAAUUAGCAUGAAAAUUCAACAUUGGUAAACCAUUAAGUAACGAAUCUACUUGCUGAGAUAAGCUAAGAGAUAACCAAUUAUUACCAAUUGCUAAGAGAUAACCAAUUAUUUCUAUUUCUGGGUAAUUAUUUUCUAGGUCUGAAACGUCCAGCGUCUGUGUCUGCUUUCCCUGUCCAAAAUGAAAACGGUUCAAGACGGACUACAUACAAUGAAAAGGUAUGGUGGAUAUACUGUAAUUAUACACGAAGGUCACAGUGAAUCUGAAAGUCAUCAUCACCAUCAAUACCACCAUCGUCAUGAUCACCAUAAUCACAAUCACCAUCAUCUGAUCGUCACCAUCAUAAUCACCACCAUCAUCACCAACACCACCAUCAUCAACUCUAUGUAUUAUGGAAUCUUGAAUUCUGUUUUAAACCGACCAUAAAUGACGGUCAUAAUUUGUAAAUAUUAGAAUGUUCAUUUCAAAUUUGAUUAACUCAAUCAUCAUGACUACAAACUAUUUCCAUCACUGUUACCAUGAGACCAUCAUCUUUAUAACUACGUGGUUUACUCGGAUAAUUUUAUGGUAUAUACAUUCAAGUUACUGCAAAGCUAAUCACUGUCUUUCUUUAUCCAGAGACGAGAGACUGGCUCAACUUCAAACAGACCUUCCUAUCAACCUGGUAAGUUAUUAAACUAAACUAACUUUACACUGGAUAGCUCUUCCCGUUCAACAUGUCUCUGAAAUAUAAUGUUCACCGUUCUUUUGUAGCUUAUCUCAAAAGUUCGUCCAGCACAUCAAACUUGAAGUGAUAUGUCCUCAUAUAUAGAGUCCUUCAACAGUGACAGUUGCAGAUCGCAGCAAGAUCUUGACAAGAUCUUACCAGGAUCCCACCGAGAUCCUACCAGAAUCCUACCGGGAUCCCAUCAAGAUCCUACCAAGAUCUUGCCAAGACCUUCAACAUAGGGAGAUACUUGGCUUCAAAUAUCCCCGAAGUCUUUCAGAUAUAUUCUACGAAUUUUACUGUGUGAUGCCAAGUGUGUUUGGUGGUUAGGUAAAGUAGCUUUCUCGAACUGAUACCAGCCUGUUGGAAACGUGUUCUGGCUUUCGAUCGAUAAAUUAUUCACCCAUGCGCCUAUCGAUGUACGAUGAAAUAUGGAUUUUUUUGUGAUUGCUCUGCUUGGCGCAGUUUUGUCACUCGUGAAAUGCAACGAACAAUAGACCUAGCCACCUAAGGCAUUGUUUAUACCCGUUGUCACCUAAAUUCACAUUUUUAAAUAACUCACAUGUCUAGUUACCACUGUUCUGAUAAAUUAAGCAUAGAAUGGAACAGAGGUAACCAAGCAUUUAAAUUAUAUAUGUGAGUGAAUUGAUAACUCGCAUACCUAGUUACCACUGUUCUGAUAAUGUAAGCAUAGAAUGGAACAAAGGUAACCAAGCAUUUAAAUUAUAUAUGUGAGUGAUGAAUUAGGUGGUAAGGGUCAUAAACUUGCGUUACACGCGUAAAAACGCACAGCUUGUAACAAGUCUGCAAACAAGUUGUUGCAAGUCUGUUCACAAACUGUCAACAAAUUGUGUUCGCACUGCUUGUUCCCAGUUUGUUGUAACAAGCUUGAUGGCAUUAACAGCCAUGUUACAAGAUUGUGCUAACAAGUUUGUUACAGCCAUGAUAUAACAAGGAUGUUACAAGGUUCUCAACACAAGAUUGUAACAAUCUUGUUAUAUCAAGCAUGUAACAGACUUGUCAGAACAACCUUGCAACAAGUCUGAUAAUUUCAACAAGGUUGUUACAAGUUGUUCCAAACCCGUUGACAACUUGUGACAAGCAGUGCGAAUACAUCUUGUUGACGGCUUGUUGGCAGACUUGUUACAAGAUGUGAGAUUUUUACGUGUGUAGGUGAUCAGAUCAGUUAGUCUUUCAAGAUAUGAUGGUCUCGAAACUAAACAGAAGUCAUUAUGUUUUUGUCUGAGUUUAUGUUAAUUUGUACAUGGUCACGGUGAAUGAGCUCGCUGUCUUUUUGUAACCGUCCAAUAGGGAUAGCUGAGAUGAAACGUGCAACCACGAUGAAUAAUAUUUAAUGAAGUUGAGACAUUAGAUUUGUGCACGGCGAGGUCGAGUUCAACAUCAAACAAAGGUCUUCCAUUUUCUGUCUUUGAAGUUUGCCAUGCUUCCAGACCAUCUAUCUUGGCAGGCUAUGUGUUGGGUUUGACGAAGUUACAUAUUAAAACAUCUAAAACUGAACCAGUGAUAAACGUGUGAAUAACUUAAUAUCAGCCUCUAUAUAUAGUCUUCAUAUAUACAGUGGUCUAAUGUAUUUCGGAGUGUGGAAACAGAAUCAUAUAUUAUUUAUAUAAAGACAAUGUGCGAGAGAGCGAGUGAUAAAUAUGUUGUAAUAUAUUAAGAUGUGUGCUUAUUUUUACAUUUGUAACUUAUAACGUGUGUACAAAGAAAUAUUAAAG